GUCGCCAGAAUCAGGAAGGGGAAGGAAGGGCCCUAGGUCUUGCUGAGUUUCCGGGUUAGCUGGACCCUUCAGCUUUAGAUGGUAAGAAGUGGUGAAGCAAGCACGUGAGCUAGCAUGGCGUAUCAGCGGGGCCGCUACGAGGAGGACGAGGGGCCAGCCUACGGCGCCUCGGCGAGCUAUGGCGCUGUCCCCGAUAUCGUCCAGUCCUUCGUCAUCUAUCUGUAUCGUCACAUCAGAGAGAAGAAUGUGUACGAGAUCCAUCAGAUGUACGAGGGGAGUUUCAACAAGAUCACAGAGCGAAUGUUCAAGCAGUCGCCCUGGCCGGUGGUAGAUGCGAUUGCGCCGUUUGUGGAGAACGACCAUGUGUUUUGUCUGCUUUACAAGGAGCUGUACUUUAGGCACGUGUUUGCAAGGCUGACGCCGACGCUCGAGCAGAGGAUGGAGUCAUGGGACAACUACUGCACCCUCUUCCAGAUCAUCCUGCACGGGAACGUGAACAUGCAGCUGCCGAACCAGUGGCUGUGGGACAUGGUGGAUGAGUUCAUCUACCAGUUCCAGUCCUUCUGCCAGUACCGCGCCAAGAUGAAGGCGCGCUCGGAGGAGGAGCUCAAGCAGCUGCGCCAGUACGACCAGGUCUGGAACGUGUACGGCGUUCUCAACUACCUCCAGGCCCUGAUCGACAAGAGCCAGAUCUACGCGCUCCUCGACAACGAGACCGCUCGCGCAGCGUUCACCUCGGCUGACGGCUAUGAUUACCAGGGCGGGAGCAACGUCCUCAAAGUCCUCGGUUAUUUCUCGAUCGUCGGGCUUCUUCGGGUGCAUAUCCUACUGGGAGAUUACCACGGGGGGCUGAAGGUUUUGGAGCCGUUGGAUAUCAGUCGGCCGGGGGUGUUCACGAAAGUCAGCGGGUGCCAUAUCACGACGAUGUACUACGCAGGAUUCGCCUAUCUGAUGAUUCGGAGGUACGUAGACGCCAUCAAGGUGUUCAACGCAGUUCUGGUGUACAUCGCACGGACACAAACGUACCUGGCACAGUCCCCGCAGUACGACCAGAUCACGAAGAAGAACGAGCAGCUGUACGCUCUGCUAGUGACCGCACUCGCACUGAGCCCACAAAACAAGUUGGUGGAGGAGACGGUGUCGAGCCAGCUGCGGGAGAAGCACGGCGACAAGCUGCAGCGGCUGCAGGGGAUAGGCUAUGAGGUGGACGCCAUAUACGACGAGCUCUUCUCGUUCGCGUGCCCGAAAUUCAUCACGCCUUCCACGCCAAACUGGGACGAACCCCCCGUCAACUUCAACCAGGACGCGUACCGGCUGCAGCUCAAGAUCUUCCUGACGGACGUCCGGCAACAGCAGCGCGGGCAGCAGAUCCGCUCCUACCUCAAGCUCUACACCACCAUCUCCGUCGCCAAGCUCGCCUCCUUCGUCGGCUCCGACGAGGCGACCGUCAGGUCGCACCUGUUGACGUACAAGCACAAGACGCACAUUGUCGACAGCGUCGACGGCAGCAUCUACCGGACGAGUGACCUAGACUUCUACAUCGAGGGGGACAUGAUCCACGUAGCAGAGACGAAAAGCAACCGGCGAUUCGGCGACUUCUUCGUGCGGAACAUUGUGAAGUUCGAUGACGUCGUAAGGGACUUAGAAGGCGUGGACAUCAAGGAGGUUCUGUUGUAUAAGAAAGAGGCCGCCUAAUGGUUGGGCUCCGCAUUGUCGAUUCGAUUGACCAACAUUUGCAACAUGUAGUGCGGAACGAUGCGGUCUGAUUUCCUACCGACGUCGAGGGUCGCACGGAUUGACAGUCUGUUGGCCUUUCUUAAAUAAAUGGCAGAGCCGGUUGCCUGUGGCAGGAGAGUGUGCCGCAACAUAAUGCGCUGCACUCUCAAAUGCGAUGGUGCAUUACAGCCGAGCACACCGACUUGGCCUCCUCACACAUAAGUUCCGACUUGCGGCGCGGGGUUGGUAAAUCAGCCAAACUGCCUUUAAACGAUGCCCUUUGCACGGGCGCGGUUGGCAUGCGGGCAGCUGACCGCGCUGAGCCGCC